AUAGAGAAAAAUAGAAGAGAGAGAGAGAGGGGUGGGUUAUACUGGUGUACUACGUCAAUGGCGGUUUAGGGUUCCAUCAUCGUCUUCUUUCCUCUUCUUUCUUUCACCUUCCCUACUGUUUCAUUCAAUUCAAUUCAAUUUCUUUCUAAAUUUUCAGCAAAAACAUAGAGAAUAAAAAAUAAAACCCUAAUUUUUACCCCUUUAUAAUAAUCAUCAUCAUCCUUCAAUUCAUAUACAAUUCAACAACUUCUUUAUUUUCCCCGGAGCGACUUCCGAUGGGCGCCCCGGAGAAAACAACCCCUUCUUCUCUCAACAACAACAACAACAACAACAACAAUAAUAAUAACUCUAUGCAGCGUGUCAAGGUAUACCGACUAAAUGAUGAUGGAAAAUGGGAUGAUCAAGGAACUGGUCAUGUCACGAUUGACUAUUUGGAGGUUCGUCAUAAUUCGAGAUCUGAAGAUUUGGGUUUGUUUGUCAUUGAUGAAGAAGAUAAUGAAACAUUGCUUGUACACCGCAUUAGCUCAGAUGAUAUAUAUAGAAAGCAAGAAGAUACAAUAAUAUCAUGGAGGGAUUCUGAAUAUUCAAGUGAACUAGCUCUUAGCUUUCAAGAGACAACAGGCUGCUCGUAUAUCUGGGAUCACAUUUGCAAUGUUCAGCGGAGUUUGCAUUUCACCACCCUCAGCAAUGAAACAUAUCAUGGUGCUAACAGUGAGUUGAGGGAAUUGCCUGAUGUAGAGCUUUCAAAGCUUCCUUCAAUACUUAAGGUUGUAGUGAACAGUAGCAUUACUGAUCAGUUAUGUGUGACAGAACUCAUUCUACAUGAUCAAAAGUUUUUCUCGAAGUUGAUGGAUUUAUUCAGAGUGUGUGAAGAUUUGGAGAACUAUGAUGACCUUCACAUGAUUUACAAGAUUGUCCGAGGGAUCAUUCUGCUCAACAGCCCACAGAUUUUUGACAAACUAUUUUCUGAUGAAUUAAUUAUGGAUGUAGUGGGAUGUCUUGAAUAUGACCCUGAUGUAUCUCAUGUCCAUCAUCGGAACUUUCUUAAAGAACAUGUGGUAUUCAAAGAGGCCAUACCUAUUAAAGAUCCCCUGACGCUCUCGAAAAUACAUCAGACAUACAGAAUCAGUUACCUCAAGGAUGUAGUCUUGCCAAGAGUAUUGGAUGAGCCAACCAUUGCAAGCUUGAAUUCCAUAAUACACUCUAAUAAUGGAAUGGUUGUGACUAUGUUAAAAGAUGAUAAUACCUUUAUUAAGGAGCUGUUUACUAGGUUAAAAUCGCCUUCUGGGGGUCCUGAAUCCAAGACAAAUAUGGUAUAUUUCUUGCAAGAAUUCUGUAACCUAAGCAAGAGCUUGCAGAUGGUUCAUCAACUGCGGCUCUUCAGAGAUCUUGUGAGUGAAGGCAUAUUUGAUGUGAUUGCUGAUAUUUUGCGGAGUCAAGAUAAGAAGCUCAUUCUGACUGGGACAGACAUCCUCAUGCUCUUUGUGAGCCAGGAUCCUUCCUUGUUGCGUUCAUAUGUUAGUCGGCAAGAAGGGGCCUCAUUAUUUGGGCUUUUGGUGAAAGGUAUGCUCGAAGAUUUCGGGGAUUCCAUGCAUUGUCAAUUUCUUGAGAUAAUUCGUAGUCUUUUGGAUAACUAUACGCCAGCAGGACAGAGAGAUGCUAUUGUUGAUAUUUUCUACGAGAGGCAUCUAGAUGAGCUUCUUGAUGUGAUAACAUCAUCAUGCCCUCCAACCCAGGCUGUUCAUAAACCCACAAGUUCUAAUGGGAAUUUUGGGAACACAGUUACUGCAAAGCCUGAAAUACUUUUAAACAUAUAUGACCUGUUAUGCUUUUGUGUUUUGCAACAUCCUCAUAAAAUAAAGUCCAAACUUUUGCUUAGUGGUGUACCAGAAAAAGUUUUAAGUCUGACUUGUAGAAAGGAAAAAUUUCUUGUGGCUGCAGUUAUUCGUUUCACUCGAACUCUAAUCUCACUUAAAGAUGAGCAACUCAUGAAUCAUUUUGCAAAGAACAACCUAUUUAAAUCAAUAGUAGAUGUUUUUGUUAGUAAUGGAAGCCGCUAUAAUCUAUUGAACUCCGCAGUUUUGGAACUCUUUGAGUACAUACGUAAGGAAAAUCUGAAGAUACUACUCAAGUAUUUAGUUGAAAAAUUCUGGGACCAGCUGGUCCAAUUUGACAGUUUACCUUCCAUUCAGUCACUUAAAGUUAGAUAUGAGCAGCUCAUGGAACAGGUAACCAACCAUACGGGCCCUUACGCACCUAAUGCUAGAAAGCGUACGGAUGAGCGUGCGCUUGAGAAGGAAGAAGAGGAUUACUUCAAUGAGGACAGCGAUGAAGAAGAUUCCACAUCUGCAUCAAGGCCUCGUACAACAAGAGUACGUGCGCAGCCCCCUUUAUCCAAUGGCUCACCUGCAAACUUCUCUUCAUUAAGCCCUAGACCUGGUGGACUCGUUGACUAUGAAGAUGAUGAUGAUGAUGACGAGGACUACAAGCCACCACCAAGGAAGAAGCCAGAAAAAUCUGAAGAAGAUGAAGGAUCUCUGGAGUUUACACUGAAAAGAAAACUUCCAGCUUCCAAACCAGAUCCUGAAUUGGCUAAAAAACGGAGAUUGGGAGGGAAAAACCCGAAGUCAAAAGGUGUGUUCGCUACAUUCUGUUCAAGUCAAACUGUAUUACCUUCCAAGAAAACUACAGUUACCACAAAUACGCAAGAAGUAAAUAAUGAACCCAAUGAUAAGGCUGAUGAAGUUAAAGAUAAUACCAGUCUAAAUGAGGAAAAAGCAGAUAAAGAUUUUUUAGAAGCUGCUACCAAGAUGGCCUCAAACGGAUCCUGAGCUUAAACCUAUCGGUCAUUCAGGCAUUUUGUGACAAUCUAUUUUGUUUCACUUGCAUAUGGUGGAAGCACUUUUUUUUUUUGAAAGAGAGACUCGAAUGGUGGAUAAAAGUGAAACAUUGUUAGUGAUAUUCCCAGUAGUGGACAGUGGUGGGAGAGCAUACUGUACAGUAUCAUUGCAAAGGCGGUGGUGUCGGUGGCGGUGCUACCAUAAUUUCCAGUCGGGUAAUAAGUCUUGAUGCUUUUUAUCUAAUGUAGAACUUUAUACUUGUGUUCUUGCAAUUUUGGUUAAACUUAUGCUCGUUCAAGUAGCAGUUUUAGCAAUCUAAAAUGGUUAUAUAUGUGAUAGAAUGGGAUCGUAAAAACGCCCAAUGUAUGACCGUUGUAAUGCACAAUUUUUUCUUGAAAUAUUUAGUGGCGAUGAAGUAGUAGUUAGUAUUUAUAUGUACAUUAUACAAUUAUAUAGGGAAUAUCAAAAGCUUUUGUCAAA